UUCGUCAGACGCUGCCAUGCUUCGAAAACACCACCAGAGGUCACUCAUUCCUGACCAAAGUGAAAUGAACCUUGCCUGCAAUCCUUCCUCUAUGGUGGCUUCUUGUGAUGGUCUGCACCUCGUUUCUGGCAGUUUGUUUUCCUGCAGUCUGUUUUGUUGAACCUGGAGCUGAAUGGGUGAUGACUAAGUAGUACUGAAUACGCAGGACUUUACAGUUGGAUCUUAACUUUGAUAGGUAUUCCCAAAAUGGCCAGCUCUGGAUACCCAGGCAGCUGGUAUGAUCAUCCCCUGUAUGCACGCUAUUGGCAGCACUACGACCAUGCAAUGAACUGGUACCAGAAACACCGGCGAGCAUAUAGGAAAGCUAUUGAAGCUGCUUAUGGUCCUAUGGCUCUUCCUACCCGCAAUAGAAAUAUUCCCACCCACUCAGGCCGGCACAUGAGGGGUUCCGGGCACUCAAGGUACGAGGAGAGGGAUCGGUCUGGCAGUGAGAAGGAAGAGGACUCUUCAGAGAACUCAGAGAGUGAGAUUGAGUGUGAUGUCACCAAUAUGGACAUCUCCGAGGAGCUCCGCGAGUACUUCGCUCAUACUGAACGCCAUAGGGAAGAGCGGAAGCGACAGCAGGAGGAGGAGGCAGUUCGGCACGAGGCCUACGUUUUCGCCGAUCAAGACCUGCGUAGAUCGGCAACAGAUGGCUGCUCCGUCUCGGCCCCCCUGGAGCGUCCAGGGGAGAGGAGGAGUGCGGAGAUGAAGAGACUGUACGGGGAGAACGCAGCACGCAUCCAGGCCAUGGAGACGGCCAUGCAGCUCAACUUUGAUCGCAACUGCGACCGCCUGCAGCCUAAAUACUGGCCCGUGAUUCCGCUGAAACUGUGAGGCCUCUGUUCUAGUCAAGCCCAGACUCACUGAACUGAUAUUUUUUAUAUGUGUAUUGACCUUGUUUGUUUUUCAUGUCUUUGGGUGACCAAAUAAAGGUGAUAGCUGGCACCAGCUACUAGAAUAUGGUGAUGAUCUGGUUAAA